AUGCCCGCGUGUGAGCAUCCCACAUCGGCUCUCAUUGCCGACAGGGACAGCGGCCAGACCUACUGCACCCUGUGCGGGGAUAUGAUUUCCGAUCCACAAUUUGAGCUCGACCCUGCUUUCCCACGCGGGGCUCGCGCAGCACUGGCGCCUCGACAACGGGGCGCUGGUCUUCGUGCAUUAGGGGGAAGCCUCCGGCCGACUCACACCGCGAUGGGUAUGGCCGCCACGCACGGGCGACCGACGAUCGAGGCCGCUCGCCGUGGGAUGUUCGCGAUCGCGCGAACCCUAGAGAUCAGCGACGACCUUGUUGAGAUGGCGCUUGGAAUUUACAAGCUCGCGCUCGGACUCAACGCGAUCUCCGGGAACCGCAGUGUGAUCCUCUGCGCCUGCUUGUACGCCGUUUGCCGGCGGGAGCGCACCUCGCACAUCAUUUACGACUUCUCCGAGGUCAGCGGCGACGGGCCGCACGCCAUUUUCACGUAUAUGAAAACCAUCUGCCGCGUUACGCACACGGAGGUGCCGUCUCUGGACCCCUCCUGCCUCAUUCAGCGUCUCGCAGAACAGAUGGACAUCGGGGAGCGGCUCGCCGACGUCGUCGUGUGCGCGCUGAAGGUGCUGCGCGUGAUGCGGGACGACUGGAUUUCGUGCGGGCGGCGCCCGCUAGGGGUCUGCGCGGCGGCCCUUCUCGUCGCCUGCUACGUCUUCCGGAUCCCCCGGAGCCCGGAGCAGGUCUGCGGGAUGGCGCGCCUCACCGCCCACACGAUCUCCGUCCGCCUGAACGAGUUCUCCGCGACCCCGGCGGCGUCGCUGGAGAGCAUCGACACGUACCGCCCGAGCUCCCAGACCCUCCCGCCGGCCUUCGGGGAGUCCAGCCGGCGCGCGACCGAGGAGGAUAUGAACGCCGCCACCCGCGAGCUCUCCUCCCUCUACUACGCCCUCGUCACGGAGGCGAAGCUCUCGCAGCCGCCGACGCCGGAGCGGGCGGAGCGCUGGCGGCGGUUCCUCCUCCGCCACGCCGAGCUCAACGGCGUCGCGGUGCUCGAGGAGAACCUCGACCUGGAGCACCUCACCCCGCAGGAGCAGCUGCACAUCUUGGGCCUCCCUCACACGAAGCCGAUCCCGCCCGAGAAGGUCGAGGCGAGCGUCAAGCGCGAGGAGGAGAAGCUUGUGCUGAAGCAGGAGGACUCCACCUCGCGGGGGCCGAGUGCGUUUCCGAACCGGUGGCCCGCCCAGCCCGCCCGCGGGGGCGGCGAGGGCCUCCCUCACGGGCCCGGCGACGCGACCGGGACGGAUCUCCUCUACCCCUCCGUCAACCUCGACGACCCGGCACAGUUCGAGGAGAUCAUGCAGCAAUAUCAGGGGCUUCUCAUGAACGAGGAGGUACGGGGCCUUCGCGAGGACUUCGAUUUCGCGGACCUCCCUGGCGACGACGGCGGCGCAAAGGGCGGCCUCUCUCUUGACGCCGGUGUCCCAUCGCUGCAGCCAACCCAAAACGCGGGCUUUCAGGAUGGGGCGGUCCAGCCUUCUGCGAUGUGCAGCCCCUCUCUCGCGGAGGGGGUUGGCGAAAAUUCCGUACUCGUCGGUCCUGCCUCGCAGGGGUUGCUCAAGCAGGCCUUGUAUGACGAUGAAAGGAGACAUGCGUUGCCUUGGGAGAUUUGUGUGUUGGCGAGUAUAGACGAUGAGGACUGCACGGACCUUUUAUCGUAUCUCAUCCUCGACAACGAGGAGCGGAUCCGACGUCAAAAGAUUGGGGAGGCCCUGUAUAAGGAGAUGUGGGCUCGCGGCCGAGCGCGGACGCAGGAAGAAAUUGAAAGACUUGAAGAGCUCCGACAGGUCCGUAAGCGACAGCGGCGACAAGUCAUUCUUGAGCCGGCGUCGGUCUCUGAUGCUCUCAGCCGCGCGCUGCGCGGCAAAGGUGCCGGUACGGUAAGUAUCACCGACAUUGAGGAGCUCAUUCCCGGGUUUUCUGGUGACGACGAGGGCCCCAAUGACAACUGGGAGGCUGAUUGA